GAAAGCAAAACAAGUUAGGAGAAAAUGAGCGUUUGUCUUAAUUUAUUGAUUUAUCUUCUAUACACAGAGCAAUGCUCAGAAUGAGCUAAUUUUAUUUUAUAAGCUUGUAAAAUGUAAAACAGUGAUGCAGGAGCAUUGAAUACAAAACUGGCGUCUUGUUUCAGAAAUGUCCAUGGGUAGUUGUAAUGUCCUGAAUAAAUGAAUGAAAUAAAUACACAGCAGCCUUCUGGCUUCAGAUUCAGAACUGCUCCUGAAGAGAAAAGCAAACCGUGAUGAAGAAGAAGCUUUUCUACACGUUUCCUUCAGCGGAGGAGACGAGCGACCGGCGUCUUCAGCAGAAGAAGAAGGGCAUCCAGAGGAAGGACCGCAUGGCCGCCCCCGCCGCCACGCCCGCCAGUAAUCCCAGCGUAACGCUCUCUGCGACUCCAUCAAACGGAUCCCUCUGGACGAUCACCUGGUGGGUUCCUUCAACACAACACAGCAGCCGCUGUUACAGCUGUGCAGCCAUGGAUUCCUCUGAUGAAGAGGAGGAGCGCACCUUCGUCCGGGUCCUCAGUGAGAAGUACAACCCGGAGAAUUUCCCCUACGGCCAAGGUGUGGUGGUUCUGCCCAGCCCUCCAGGAUCUCCUGUUAAAGACCGACUGUUCCUGCCCAGCAUUCUGGUUCUGAACGACUGCGGGAUCAGCAAAGCUGGCGACAGAUCCGACAUCGAAGCGUUCUGUGCUCAUGUCCUGGAGCUGGACCUGGCCUACAAUCAGCUCAAGGACUGGGAAGAGAUCAGCACCAUCGUCUCCAGCAUUCCUCACCUGGACUUCCUCAACCUGAGCAUGAACCCGCUGAGCGGCGUGCAACUGCAGCCCAGCGUGGCCGAUGUGUUCUCCAGGGUGCGACGACUCGUCCUCAUCAACACGCAAGUCAGCUGGGACACGGUGCACACUCUCACGCAGCAUACGCCAGAGCUGAAAGAGCUCUUCCUCUGCCUGAACGGCUACGACUCCGUGUCCGAGUCCCAGGCUUCCUGUCCGUCACUGAACCUGCUACAGAUCACUGGCAACCAGCUACAGGACUGGGCCGAGGUCAGGAAGUUUGGGCGGCUGUACCCCAGUCUGAGCACCCUGGUGCUGGCCAACAACAGCGUCAGCUCUGUGGGUGACACCAAGGAAACACUGGAGGGUCUCUUCCCCAACCUGCGCAGCAUCAACCUCAACAACUCAGGUCUCAGCCAGUGGGAGGACAUUGAAAGGCUGAACUUCUUCCCUAAACUGGAGGACGUCAAAGCUCAGGGGAUUCCUUUGCUGCAGUCGUACAGCACCCAGGAGCGACGCAGCCUCCUUUUAGCACAGCUGCCAUCUGUGAUGGUUUUAAAUGGGAGUGCCAUUUCUGACGGAGAGAGGGAGGACGCAGAGCGGUUCUUCAUCCGAUACUACCAGGCCUGUCCUGAGCGGGAGCUUCCUCAGAGGUACCACGCCCUCGUGUCCAAAUAUGGCCGCCUGGCCCCGCUGGCCGAGGUGGACCUGAGCCCGCGCGGCACCGUGGUGGAGGUCCGCUGGGGGGACCGGGUGGAGCCGGUCACCCUCCGCCUGGAGCAGACGGUGGGCGACCUGAAGAAGCAGCUAAAGGCUCUGCUGCAGCUGCCCUCCAACGGCAUCCGCCUCUUCCACAUCGACAAAGAGAUGAGCUCCGUGUUCGGACCCGAGGAGCUGAAGUGCGGCUUCCGGGCGCUUCACUCCUACAGCAUCCAAGACGGCGACGAGAUCCUAGUGGUGCCCAGAGAGAAAAACCGCUGCUGCUCCUCGGACUUUUGAGGAAGGACGCUCUCGUGCUUCGGAUGAGAAAUUAAAAAUGAACAGAGACAAAGCUUUUAUUUGAUAAGAAAGACUUCUCCCAGUGCUGAAUGUAAGGAAGUUUAGAGAAAUAGCGCAACAUUAAAUUUGCACAUUGAAGCUUUUGACCCAAAAUAGCUUUAAAGGAAUUUAGUAAAGUUUAAAAUUGAGCUGUUUUGUUUCUCUGGUGGAAGCUGGGUCUAUACUGAAGACCUUUACUUUAGCUAAACAUGAAAUCUGGGCCAUAAAAUCGUCAAAUGUAGGUGCCAAAGACGAGACAAACUAUGCAAAACCUGUCCAGGGUUUCCCUGAAAAAACCAGGAGUGCAAGAGCUGCUAAAAAUGUUCAUAGUUGACAAGAACUUAUCUAACUAGAUAAUUAUGUGUAAUUGGAAAACAUUGCUGCCAAUACCAAAACACACAAUUAUAGGCUUUAAAAAAGGCAAAAAUACAAUCAAAGUAUUUUCGCUUAAAUCCUAAUGAAAUAAUUAGUCAGUGAAUCUUAAAACAACUUUCACAUUUAAAGCUUGAAUGAAUUUAGAAAAAUAUUACCUGAAAUAGACAAUAGCUGUGUUUCCAUUGACCAUAUAACUUCACCGUUUGACAUCUGGAAAAUCAUGUUGUUUCAUGGAAACGUGCUAGUUAUCGUUUUUCCAUGAAAAAGCUUUGCCGUUAGGAUCAUACAGGGUUUGUUCAGACGUAUCAAAAUGAGUUUAUUUCACAAAACUGCAAUGGAAACACUUUUUUUUUUUUUUUUUUUUUUUUUUUUUACAGUAGUCGGAGGAUGACAUGUUUUUUAAGGAUUUACCAUGUGAACAAACUUAUGUUUCUUAUUUAAUGGAAGCGCCGCAAAUGAUAAAUAGUUUUUUUUUAUCUGACAUUAAUGGAAUAUUGGCAAAGUUUUAUGCACAUUGGUAAUGGAAAUGUAGUUAAUUAUGUAUUAAUUCCUGCAGAAGAAGCCCAAACCAACUAUACAGCAUGCAUAUUUAAUCAUUCACCAACAUACUUUUUACAUUCUCUUAUCACUUGAGCAUAAAUUUCUCCUUUGUCCCUUUAGAAUGACAGGUUAUCUGCAAAUUUAAUGAAAUAUCUGUUUACCUGUUCAAAGCGACGAACCUGAGGGCGUCCAGCGGAGGAGAAUACUGUUUAAAAAGAAAUAACUUUGACCAUUUCCUCCAGGAUCCAACGUUUAAAUCAAUGCCCCAAAAAUCAGACAGAGAGUUUUUAGUCAGGUAGAUCCAUUUCACAUCAGAAAAAUAUAUAAAUAUAAGUUAAACAUGUAGAUUGGGAUGCGGAAUUGACAGCAGCCUCACGGGUUUCUGGGCUCAAAAUCAAGAUGUAGCCCAGUUUGUUGAGAGGAGCAAAAAAUAUUCUAGUUCCGUUAUUAUGCAAAAGUUUAUUUAAAACAACAUCUUUUUUGAAAAUCAACUGAAUGCACAAGUUAUAUUAAAGAAACCACCGCAGGUUAUCAGGGAUUAGAUCCACAACAGAACUUCAGCAGAGGUUUGAUCAUUUAAAUUAAUGCACAAAUACUAAAAUCUAAGGUAGAGUUUAAAAAUAUUCACCAUGCAGUUGCAGUUCUCCUGGUUCUUUUUCUGAUUGUGAAUCAUUUUAGGAGCAAACAUACAGUGAGGAGUGAACUUUAUUCUGCAGCUGGGACUGCAGUCGGCUGAAUCCAGGAUGUUUAGGUGUUAGAAUGCACAGAAAGACUUUCUUUUUUUUUUUUUUUAAGUGCGUCGGCCUUGAGAAAGCUCCGUUUGUCUGAGUUCAGCUGAGCAGAUUUAGAUUUGAAAACGUUCCUUUGUUGAGAACGGAUCGGCUCAUUCGCUGGGAGUCCUGGGAUAACCCUGGAGCGGAUGCAGAAGCGCCGCUCCACUUCGGGGGGGGGGAACACAGACGCGCACGGAGCCGCCCUCCUCUCCUCCCCGCCCUGGGGGAAAGCCGAGACGGCGGCCAGGGCAGGCCAGGCCCGGUGCCGGACGCUCCGGUUACCGCCGGCCGCAGGCUGUCGGGCAGCUGAGAGGCGGCGAGCCGCUUUCUGGGGGAAACCGAACACCGGCUGCCACUGGUGUCACACAGACUUCCGCUGCUGUUGGGUUAGACCGGGUUCAGACGGCCGGGUCUCCCGCCCAGACUCUCCGUUACAUCCGACACUCUGAGACGUUGUUAAACUUUACAUUUCCACUCAGACUCAGUGUUUCGCCAACGUUACCAACAAGUACUAUGUGUCAUAACCUCCUGCUGGAUCCUACGGCAGCGUAUUACAGCUAUUGCAGAUGUCAAAAGGAAAGGAGCAGGAACUGUCCCCCCUAAGACUCAGACAGUUUUGGAUCAAAUCUUUGACAUUUUCUAGGAAACACUUGGAGAUUUCUGAGUUUGAUACGUUGACAUUUUUAAUCUUCUGAAACUCAGAAAAUUCCCCAAAAUUGAAAAAAUGUUGAUGUUUGAAAGUCAGAAUUGUCAAACUUUUUCCAGAGUUUUUCUAACACUUUUUUGACCUUUUAGUUUUUUGUUUCAAAUAUUCGACUUUUAGAGUCCAGAAAUGUUCUCCUUUUUUUUGUCUUGACUUUUGGCUCUCAGAAAUGUCCAUUUUUUAUGGAAAGUUUCUUAUUAAUCUCAAAAUUUUUGAGUUUUGGGUCUCAAAGUUUCAACUUUUGGAACUCAGUAUUGUUCUGUUUUUUAUUUCUUAAUCCAAUUCCCAACCCCUCACACUCACAUAUUUGUAACAUUUCAGGCUCAAGAUUUGUGGUGUAAAUAUUUUCCUUUUGCAUUUUCUAUCUGCAAUGGCGCUAAUACGCCGUUGUUGGAUCCAAACUCCCAGGAGACACUUCACUGCCAAGUAUGAAAUCUAUUAGAAGAAUGUAAGAUGCAGGUUUUUACACUGAUGGGAGAAUAUUUUGCAUGUCGGGUUCAUUUCGAACCGCGCGUGUUUAUGGCUCUUUGUUUUUCCCAUAAAUCUCCCAGAAUUCCCUUUGGUGUCACUUUGGGAAUCCUGCUGAGAACAUGCUGCUGGUUGCAGGAGUUUCCCUGUUAAUCUGUUCACUGUUGCCUGACUGUUGCUCUGCUUCUAACUUUAGUAAGAAAAGAAAGUCAGUGGAGGUGUACUACCAGCUUCACAGGAGGGAUAAAUGUGACGGCGGCGAUCCAGAAGGAAAAGUACAUAUGAGAACAGAGGAGGUUUUGUUGAGCCAGUUUUCUUGUUUCCUUUUCUUUUGCUUCGACUGAAAUCUUUACAUGCCAGGUCACAAGUGUUUUCAUGAAAACUGCUCAACUCUCACCUGUAGUUUCAACUCCAGUGUGUCUACUUGUCCUAAAACCUGGUUUCGUUCUGGUUCUGAUCCGUGUUUGGACUCCUAUAGGUCCGGGUUUGAAUCCCUGCCGAACCUUCUUCCUGCGCAUGCGUCGGUUCUCUCUGAGUUUUUGGCUUUUUAGCUAAACGGCCUUCUGGUGUGAAAAUCUGGGUUGCCAUGGUGACCUGUCCAGGUUGGACCCCGUCUCGAAACAAACUGGUACAGAUCGCUUUAUAAGAGUCUUACAGCCGCAUUUCCAAUCAGUAAAAUAAGAACUAUUUAUGAAAUGUGACAUUUUAAAUUGGAUUUUAUAUAUAUAAUGUGUGUGUGUGUGUGUGUGUGUGUGUGUGUAUAUUUAGCACAGUCACAUUCAGUAAAUACAUUUCAAAUGCAGCUGCAGACAUGAAACUAACAGCUCUGGUAAUCCACACCGAGAAAUUCAUCUGUAAGUCAGGCCCUGUUGAGUGGUGUGUGUUUGCAAAUGAUAACCUAUAGUUUACUCCCUGAAUGCGUCAUAGAGCGUGAUGAUGAUGAUGAUGAUGAUGAUGAUGAUGAUAUGCAUCACUGGUCUGUGCAUGUUUGGUUCUUUGGAUUUUCUCCAAUAUCAGAACAACAACAUUGUGGGUUUUCAUUGUAAAAUAGGAUUUUAAAGCGUUCUUGCAUUUUGUGGUUAAACAGAGAAGAAGAAGAAAUCUUCCUCUGUUUGAACGUCUUACCUCAUUUUGAACCGGCAAAGAGCUGCUUCGCCCCGUGAUGUCAUCGGCCAUAUGUGGUAAAGGUGUUUUCCAAAUUUGGGUUGCAACGUAAUUAAAAACUAUAUAUAGAUGUAACUCUAUUUUACAUGUUCUUAUUUGUUUUAUGGUUCUAAUUUUUUGAUUUUCUUUCAAAGAUAAAAGCGAAGCAGAUGUUGAUUUUUUUUUCCAUAAUGUUUGAAAACAUGUUCAUAAUGUUCAUAAUUUUUCAUAAAUUAUGAAAAGUAGAGAUUUUCAUUUCAGCUCCUUAAAUGAGGAAACCAGGUUGCAAAACACCUAGUUUUGUUUUGUUUUGUUUUGUUUUUUGCUCAUUUGAAGGCAAAAUAAGAGACUGAUUCAUGUGAUCAUGGAAAUGAGGUUGGCAGUUGAAUUCCUCGCGUCCUUUAAUUUAGUUUCUAAUUUUUCUCUGAGACAAAGUUUCUUUCUUCCUCUGGCGGUAAAUAACUGGAGGUGUGUUUACAUGUCUAACUCUGAUGGGAAGUCAGGUUUUCAUGUUGGCUUUUUGUGGGUUGUUUGAUUUGCACGGCUGGAGUUUCUGUUCAAAACAUCCGAUUUUAGGGAAACGUGAUUCUUUAAUGGUGAUGCAUGCAACACGUCGUCUUCAGUAGCUCCAAAUACGAAUAAGAUCGGCCGAUUUUCACGAUGCAGUUUGUCUGUGUGGAAAUAAUUGCUUCUUAACUUAUUUCACGUGUGCUUUCGGUUUCUUUUUGUGGAUCUCGACACUUUAAUUCAGGUUUGGUUUCUUGAGGUAGUGAUGCUGUUUCCAUAUCUGUACUGUGUUUUGAUGCUUUUACUUCUCCUGAAUAAAUAAAUCUGAAUGAUGACAACCGCA